CCGGAGGUUGAGAAAGCUUGGAACCACACGGCGUUUUACGCCUUCGAAAUCUAAUCAGAACGAGGCCGUCGACUUGGGCAUUAUCACUUCUAACCUUGAUAUUCUAAGCGAAGAUGAUGGAACACAUGAGAUCAUAACGACGGCCUUCACAUAAGACCAGCUCGAGAAGUUGCUGGCUGCGUCUGAGAAUCGAGCCUCCGCUCUAUUGGGCAUGGGAAGCUCGUCAAGACGAUAAGGAUGAUCUGCCAGUGGCGCAGUUGAAGCCCGGCUACACCACACUUGCGUUGAAGAUGACGGCGCCCAUCAUGGACGGUGCGGACUGUGUAAUGCGCGGACGGAGCUGCUGAAAACAAGGCCACUAUUGUUUUCUUAUCAAAGGCGAACUUGAGCAGAAUUCGUACAGGCGCUCAAAAGCCGUGUGAACCUUCACGUUGCCGAACAUUGCGUCUUGCCGGCAAACAAGGCUCCAAGUCUCCACUAAUCUAACGUUUUACCUUAACGUUGAAUCUCCGUCCAUUUCGUCGUUAUUCCAUAGCAAACAAGAUGCUACGCAACCAACGGAUCAUUCUUAUCAUCGUUUACGUUUCAGGGACUUCUGAUUUCAAGGUUAGAGUUAUCACCGGAGCCAGGAUACCUGGGAAAGGGUGCCAGGAGCUGACUCUUGUGACCAUCCCUGCCACCCCCUAAACGAGCUGGUUCUCCCGAGUAUAUAAAGUCGAGCGCAUCGACCUCCUCGUUAACACUCGCAAAUUUGCACUGUGUACUCUCAACCAUGGCUGCAAACUUCUCUAGCGUCCCUAUCCUCGACUACUCACUUGUCUCUGACCCGCACACGAGGCCGCUGUUUAUUAAGCAGCUUCAACAUGCGCUCGUUAAUGUCGGGUUCCUCUACCUCAAGAACCAUACGGUGCCGAAGGAAUAUGUAGAUGCGGUAGUUGACUUUACCCCUCGUUUCUUUGACCUACCUCUGGAGAUCAAGGAGAAGAUUAGCUCGAAGAAUUCGCCUCAUUUCCUUGGGUAUAGCGAUCUUGGAGCAGAAAUCACCAAGAGCAGGAUUGACUACAGGGAGCAUAUUGAUUUUGGUUCAGACCACGAGACUCAGUGGAAGUCAGGCGACCCUGAUUACUUGCGUUGGUGGGGACAAAGCCAGUGGCCUGAUGAGAGUUCUUUGCCCGGCUUCAGGGCUGUAAUGGAGCGGUAUCUCGACGCUGUCCGGGAUUUAAGCUAUGAGUUUACCAGCCUGCUGGCUGAAGCGCUCGGAUUGCAUCCUGAUGCACUAAACAAGUUCUUCGAUAGAGACGAGCUGAUGCUGCAUCAUUUGAAGUUAGCGAAGUAUCCGGCUCCCGCGGCGGACGGAUCCAAUGGCGACCCUGGGGUCGGUCCCCACUACGAUGCUGGCUUUUUGACUUUCUUGCUACAAGCCACCCCGCACCCAGGUUUGCAGGUUCAGAAUCUCUCAGGCGAAUGGAUCGAUGCAGCGCCGAUCCCUGACACCUUCGUUAUCAAUAUUGGCAAAGGGCUUGAGUUUGUCACCAGGGGGCUCGCACGGGCUACGUCCCACCGCGUUCUCUCGCCACCUGUGGGAUCUACGCCUCGUUAUUCAGUUCCGUUCUUCCAGAACAUCAGUCUCCAUGCCAGGCUGACUGAUGAAAUAUUGGAUUUCCCGCCGGAGAUACUCAAGUUGAAAGAGAUCCGCGGAGACCUGGGCGAAACUGAGUCCAUCAACUUCGCCGAGUACGACAGAGAGCCAUUCGGCAAAGUGUGCCUGAUUGGACGCAUCAAGAGCCGCCCCGAUAUAGCCGCGCGUUUCUAUCCCGAGCUCUUCAAGGAGCAUUUUCCUGAGGGAAUGCCUGGACAGUGAAGACACUCUUGACUUCCUUGCUUGGCGAAACGUCAUGGACCAUAUUUGUUCUUCUAAUGUUCUUGUUACCUUGCGAUUGCGAUGUGUAUAAUACAAUUGUAUAAUACAAUCGGUGAAUAUAGAUCUAUGUACACAU